AGGCCAUCGGCGAUGCUGAGCAGCCGCCGUACCUGGCGUUCUCGAACCUGCAGGGCGUUGCCGAGCACCACGUGGAGACUCCGAUCGAGAUCACGUACGCCCCGCGGGACGCCCACUCCUUGGACGGCAGCACGCUGCAGGUGUUGGUGCCGGCCGGGCCGAGGGAGGACCUGUUCACCCUGAACUUCGCCGGAUCCGCCAAGAAGAGCCGCGUGGAGUUCUCCUUCCUCAGCCACGACUUCGGGCCCUGCUUCGUAGCCAAGGGCGGCGCCACGUCCGCCGGCGACCCGCAGGACCAGGGGCAGGAGCGGGUGGAGCUGGUCUGCACGAAUCGGGACGACAGCGACAUCCAGAUCGCCACGGAUUUCCAGCGGGAGCCGUGGCUAGACGUGCAAUUGCACUCCGCCAUGGUGGAGGCUGGCAAGUCCAUCCGCAUCCCCAUCGUCUUCUCGCCAAGGGAUGUCUGUGAGUACAUGCACCGGGUCGAAUUCUCGAUCAACGAGUACACCCGGACGGCGGUGGACAUCCGCGGGAGGGGCUGCCCGCUGAGGCUGGAGGUUGCAGAUGCCGAGAUGCAGAACAUUGAUUUCGGCGUCGUUACAGGAGGCGAGGUGCCCGUCCGGACCGUGAAGCUGGCGAACCGCUCCGCGCGGCAGGUGUCCUUCGAGCUCGUGGACGAGAAGCGCGAGCUGACCGACCGGGCGGUGGCGUGGACGCCCGGCCCCGGGACGACGCAGACGCUAAAGCCGAAGGAGAGCUGCGACGUGGAGCUGCGCUUCGCGCCGACCCACCGGAUCACGCCUUUCAGGUUCCCCCUGUACGCCCGCUGCAACAACGGCUUCGAGGUGAAGCUGCUCCAGGUGGCGGGCACCGGCCACUCCACGGAGGUGCGCCUCAGCGAGCAGUCCCUCUUCUUCGGCAGCGUGGUCGUUGGCUCCCAGGCGUCGCGCUCGCUGCGGCUGCACAACUUCGGGGACAUCGGUGCCAAGUUCCGCUUCGAGGUCCCGGAGAGGUACAGACAGGUCUUCAGCGUGUCCCCCUCGGAGGGCUUCGCCCGGCCGCAGGAGGACGUCUCGCUCACCGUGACGUUCACGCCCACCGCAGACAAGCAGCAGGACCUGGUUGGCAAGCACAUGUGGCUGAACGUCAUCACGAUAAGGCCAGCUGGCUGGAACAAGUCGAUCAAUGAUCGUGUCAUGCUUAAGGAUCUGACGGCAGAACUGCUCCACCUGCAGCCUGACCUGCGCCACCUUCUGGUAGUGGGGAACCUGCGCCAUGCCCAAGUCCCCCAUCGCCUGGAGCCGCAGGGCAUAGCGAUCAAGUCGAGACCGCUCCGAGCGCAGGUGCUGGACCCAAUGCGUAGGUUCGCGGCUAUUCUCAACGGAGCCCCUGGCACCUCCAACGUCGGCCUCACCAGCUACCUGAUGACUCACUGGGCUGAGCAGUACGACCCUAUCUUCGGUGCGACUGUCGACCUUGUGAUGCGGUACGCAGGUGCGGGGCCCCUCGGCGCUACUCUUCUUACUCUACGGCGCAUUGGAUGGGACAUGGUCUCUUCCCAGACUCUCCGCGAUGAUCUGGGGCGCCACUACGAUCUUCUUCAUGUGUGCCCCGCCGACCUCAAGCCUUACCUGCUUGAAGGCAUCCAGCGCUGGCAGCAUGAGCGGCUUCAGCGACACUGGUGCACCAGCACGGGUGCGCAGUUGUGGCACAGUGGCAUGCGCUAUGUCAUAAAGGGCAUCCGCCACCCUCGUCGGCUUGGAGCCCUACAUGCCCAUUGGGCCGACAACAUUCCCAUCCCAAUACGUCGCGACAUGAAGCUUAACCAGCCCAUGAGGUCUGUGAUGAAGGAGUCCCUGAAGCUCCCCAUCGUGCUGUUCACUCUCUGCCGGCUGGUGGUGGUACCAGCUCAGGAACCUGGCGACGAUGUGAGCAUGCAGGAUUUUGGGCUGGACUCUGCAACUGCGACUGGCACCCAGAGUGUCGGCGCCACGAUUCGCUCGAAGGACCAUGCUUUUCUUGCCAUCCCUCCGCGGUUGCUGGAGCCGAUGGGCGAGUUCAGGUGGCCGUCCGCUGUGCUGACCUACAACGCGAAGCACAAGAGCCUGGUGUUCACCAGCCUGGUGUUCCACAGCCUGGUGGUGAACACCACUCUGGCGACCGUGAUAGUGGUAGCCCGUCUGCCGACGCUGACAGUGAUCUAA